AUGCUCAAGCCCCAAACAGGAACGCUGCAGGCAUCUACUAAUCUGCAACAGAAACAACCUUCUCAGUCUGUUGCCAACUUAUCAUGCAAACCGAUUGCUGCAGACAACUUCAAACUUAUUCAAUCAGACCUGGACAGCAGUUUGGCUUCGUUGGCUGGCAAUCUCAAUAUGAGUCCAGUAGGUCAAAUCAAAAAGACUGAGCAUCAAUGGACUGGGAGCACAGGUGGCGAGAAAAAGUUGACAGGUGGUACUGGGGCCUCAGCUUGGGGUCAACAAAGUUUUAACGUGGCAAACAACUGGGCUCAAUCAGGGGUUAAAUCAUUUUCAACUUUGGAAAUGUACAUACAUGCGUGUGGCUACAAAUAG